AUUGCUGCCACACUAGCUAGACUUUUUGUUGAUCAACAACCGCCACUACAUCAUCAUCUACACGUGUAGUACCCCAUCAUAUGACAACAACAAUAACAACAACAAAGAACAUCACCACCUUGAACCAAACUUCCACUUUACACCAACUUCCAAUACUUUCCACUCACGAUACCUUAAAUAUUCCCACGCAAACACAAUGGGAUCUCACGCACCUGUACCGCCCUCGGCCGAACCAACAGUAACCUACUCGUCCGGCCGUCUCAACUCCUCGGCAGAAUCACCAGUGGGGCCACCACCCGAACCCGACUUCCGCCUACUCCAUUUCAAUGACGUCUACCACCUCGACGCAUCCUCAGCCGAACCCGUCGGCGGCAUUUCGCGCUUCAUGACCGCCGUCAACGAGUAUCGCAACGAUGAGCGGUACCAAGGGCAAGGGAAGCCGGAGCUGGUCACGCUGUUCUCGGGCGAUGUGUUCAAUCCGAGUCUGGAGAGUUCGGUGACCAAGGGCAGCCACAUGGUUCCGAUUCUGAACAAGAUUGGGACUCAGUGCGCCUGUGUUGGUAACCACGAUCUUGACUUUGGCGUCCUGCAAUUCCAACACCUGACCUCCAAAUGCGCCUUCCCCUGGCUUCUCGCCAACGUCCUCGACCCCGCGCUCGGCGAAAAUGUGCCCAUCGGCAACGCCGGCCGCACCCACAUGAUCACGACCGCCAACGGGCUUAAGAUCGGCCUGCUAGGCUUGGGCGAGCGCGAAUGGCUCGAAACCAUCAAUGCCUUGCCUCCCAACCUCAUCUACCGCUCCGCGACCGAAGUAGCAAAGGAGCUGGUGCCCGAACUGCGAGCGCAAGGAGCCGAUCUCAUUGUCGCCCUAACACAUAUGCGCGAACCAAACGACCACAAGCUGGCGAGGCAGAUGGACGGGGAGAUUGACAUCAUUCUGGGCGGACACGAUCACUUUUAUGCGCACAGCCUCAUCAACGGGACCCAUGUGCUGCGGUCGGGGUCCGAUUUCAAGAAUCUGUCGUACUUGGAGGUGCGCCGACCUGCUUCACCACCCACGCAACCGGGGCAGCCAAAGUGGGAUGUGGAUAUUUGGAGGCGGGACAUCUACAGCAGCAUUCCCCGCGAUCCGCCGACAGACCAGUUGGUGGAUAAACUCACCUCAAAGCUAAAGAAGUCGCUCGAGAAACCGAUCGGCUUCAGCGCUGCUCCCCUCGACGCGCGCUUCACGACGGUGCGUCUGCGCGAAAGCAACAUUGGAAACUUUGUCUGCGACAUCAUGCGCCUGCACUACCACGCCGACAUCGCCAUCAUGGCCGCCGGCACGAUCCGCGGCGAUCAGAUCUACCCGCCCGGUCCGAUUCGCGUCAAGGAUGUGACCGACUGCUUCCCUUUUGAGGAUCCUGUGGUAGUCAUCAAAGUCAAGGGACAAGCAGUCUGGGACGCGCUCGAAAACGGCGUCUCCCUGUUCCCGGCCCUCGAAGGCCGGUUUCCCCAGGUAUCCAACAUCAAAUUCGUUUUCGACCCUUCCCUACCACCAGGAAAGCGAGUCACCAGCGUGGAAGUCGGCGGCGAACCGAUCGACUUGGAAAAGACCUACACAAUGUCAACGAGGGGGUACAUGGCCCGCGGCAAAGACGGGUACACAUCUCUCCUCGUCCAACCCGAAGGUGGCGAAUGCGAGGAAGUCGUCUCGGAAGAGAACGGCAUUCUCAUCUCCAUGAUGUUGCGACAGUACUUUAUGGCGCUCAAAGCCCUCGACAAAUGGGCUUUCUGGGGCGCCGAAGAAGAUCGCCACUGGGGCAAGGUCGUCAAGGGUGUGGAUGAGUAUAGGGAACCUUCCAAAUCCCUGACUUCUACCCUGGAACCCAAGACGGGAGACGGUUGCGAUAAGGAGACAUGCGUCAUUGACGCCGAAGCAAAGAAAGACGAACAAGAAGAACCCACGCCUGCUGGCCAAGACGGCGCUGGCUCCUCCACUCCCCUCUCGAGCUGGAAGUUCUGGACACCCGCUAAGCUUAGAGAGCGAAGGUCAACGGUGAAACCACUAAAGGAGUCGCAGACGUCCGUGGGGGAUACCAGUGCUUCCGAUAGCGAAAGCAGUGGAGGGAGCAGACCCAGCUCAAGGGUAAGCGGCAGAGACGCGGAUGUGAAGCUGAUUGAUCGCGAGAUGAGGAUCAUGAGGCGGGUGGCGAGGAAGUGGUGUCGGUUGGCGGGGGUGCAGAGCAAGGCAUGCGAUUGUUUGGAUGAGGGCGAGUUUGACGUGCCGUGGACGAAGGCGGUGGCGCCGAGGGUGGAGGGGAGGAUUGUGGAGGUUGUGGCUUGAUUUUUUUUCCUGGAUUGAAAGUGGUUGGUGUUGAGAUGGUGAGAAGGAGAGGGAUGGAGCUUGGCCGUGGUGAGGAUGGUGGGACAGAGAGAGAGGUGAUGCUAUACCCAAUGCUGCGAGUCUUGUUUUUUGCCCCACUCCUUUUGGGGAUUUUGGAGAAUACCUGUAACGGAAUAAUAACCCCGUUGAGCCCAACGA